AGAGAUUACACAUUAUUAAAAAAAGUAAAUCAAAAUAAUGCAAUAAGACCUACUUUUUUUGGGUGGAGCGGAUUUUAGAACAAUUAUAUAUAUACACUGUGUAAUCGGACAGUUUCUGAAUUAGUAUACCAAAAGCUUCAAAUCAAAACUAAAGAGUCAAACGCAUAAAAAUGCAGGACUCGCCUGACGCCAAGAAACCUUGCAAGGGCAUACUAAAAAAUUCCAGCAGCUUUGAUAAGCCUGGUGCCGCGAGCUAUCGCAAAAGUGCGAAGUUUGAUGAAUUAAAUGUUCUGCAAACCUACCACCCACAUGACAAAGAUUAUGGUCAUAUGAAAAUUGAUGAACCAAAAACGCCAUACAAUUAUGUUAUUCCAGAUCUGGCACAUACCGAUGCGUUAGACGCAAAUUUACUUGCGGAGAAGUUGCGUAUAGCUGCAAGUACUCAAUCGCCUGCAUUCGGUUCUGAAGACAUUUCUGACGAAGAAAACAUCGAUGAAACACCGGAAGAAAAAGUUCGUCGACUUGAGUUUGAGCGUCGCAGAAAGGCGCAUUAUAAUGAAUUUGAAGCGGUUAGGCUGGCGCGUAAAUUGAUUGAAGAAGAGCUGGGCGAUGAAGAUGAUGAGAAUGAUAUUUCAUCUAUUGGGGAGGAUGUUAAAUCGCUAUCUUCCGCUGAAAAAUCCAAUAACGAGGAAAUUGAAAUUCAAAGUGAACACACAGAACAAGAAGUUGUACCAGAAAGUGCAGUAGAGGAGGAAACAGGCACUACGGAACAAGACUCCGAACUUGAUUCUUCCGAUAGCAAUCGGGCUUCAGCAACCAAUAUGGAUGUUGAUGCACAAUUGCAACCCUCCCAUCCCUGUUACGGAAGGGAUUAGUAUAUAUACAAAUAUAUCAUAAUUCAAAAAACAUACAUUACUCUUUGCUGCAUUAAAGAACGUAAAACUUAAUUUAAACAAAAUAUUUGAAUCAACGAUAAAAGCAACACGUGAUCGUUCGAAAGAUUACAUUUAUUCUUGACAAUUACAUAAUUAAUGAGAGGAAUAAAAAAAAUUAAUUAAUAUAAACAUUGCUAUCUUUGCUUACAUUGAUGCGAUGCAAUAAAACUGUGUCAAAUUAAAAAUAUGUAUGCUAAAGACAGUUUGAUUAAAAAAAAUGAAGCUUUGAAAUAAACUGUAUUAUUGAAAUAAAACUUCUGACGGCGCGAUGACGAAUUAUUCAGGCGUUUAAUGUUUUUUGUCUAUAAUAAAAAUCUUUAUUAAAAUAGAUUUGAAGAUGAUUGAGCGAAAAUAAUGAAAUAUUUUUAAUUAUUCUGGUACAAAAAAAUAUAAAUCGAAUACAUUUAAUUUUUAAUUCCUAAAAAAUACACAAAAUACUAUUUCAUCAAAUUAAACGGCAAAACUGUUAUUUUCUAAUUGGUUCGGAGGUUUAAAAAUAACAAAUAUUAAAAAAAUGAAAUGAAAUGAGAGUUACAUGAAAAUCACUUAUAUUGAACAUUGCCAUUGUUAUACUACAGUGAAAAACAGUUUUUGUGACUUUUUUGUUCAGAAAAUAAUAUAAUUACCAUAUAAUUAAAUAUGUAAAUCAUAUACACAAAUAAUUUUAACGUGCAUACGUAGACUAAUGUAUUUUGAAUGGCAAUAUUGUAUAGCAGAAACAAAAAUGAUGUUCUGAUAAAGAAUUUUUAAUUUACCCAAAAUAUUUCCUGAAUUGAAAAUUUUAAAAUAAUUUUGUUUAUUAGAAAUACGAAUUAGCCAUAUAACUACUUCUUGCAUUUAAUUAUGUAUACGUGUAAGAACAUGUAUAUAAUGAUAAAGCUCUAAUAAAUGCACUAUUAAUGGGCAGCUAUUUAUUAUCGUAAUAUAAUCUUAACUUCCGGGCCAAUCGAAUACAAUCCGUUUGUCUCCAGUGGAAAUUUAUUUGAAUUGAUGGUCAAUUAUUGUUGCGCUGAAUUAAUUAUGUAGCAAAAUCAAUAUGUCAAUGCAUUCAGCGGUUGGCAAAUGUUUAUAUUUACUACAUGUAAUUGUUUGCUUUGUGUAAUUGUGUGUAAGUCAGAAGUGACGAAUACGAGUAUAACUUCUACAAUUAAAGACCACACAUGAAUUUAUUUAUGUGCAAUGAUUAUUACUUA